AGUUGUGAACCCUGUGGAGCGACGUUGGCUGGAUUCGCUCUAUGGUUCAGCCUCAUUCCCUGAGGUAUACUGAAACGUAGCACGUAUACGUUCGUGGCUCCGAGGCAAGUGGGACGGGAUGGAAGGAGAGAAGCAACAGCUCGCUCCGAGCGCUUCCUGCGAGCACGUUGACACGGCGGCGAUUACUCCGGGCUCUGCCACGACCCCCGACGCAGCAUGCAUCUUGUGUCAGAUUUGUACGCGACCUUCGGAGAAAAAGGAAAAACCAAAGGAAAUCCCAGUGGAUGGAAACACACCAGAGAAGGCAGAAAAGGAGGCUAUGGAAAAGGACUCGCUGAAACCCAAAGACAACAAUGAAGAAAAGGAUAAAGAGAAGAGCAAGAAAAAGCCAGAGGAGGAGAGUGAUGGGAAUGCGAGUUUCCUGCGUGCAGCACGAGCAGGGAACUUGGACAAGGUGUUGGAAUACUUGAAGGGUAGCACAGAUAUUAACACAAGUAACGCAAAUGGACUGAAUGCGCUGCACUUAUCCUCCAAAGAGGGCCAUGUCAACAUUGUGCAGGAGCUGCUGGCCCGAGGAGCCGAUGUUAAUGCAGCAACUAAGAAAGGAAACACAGCCCUGCACAUCGCCUCUCUUGCAGGCCAGAAGGAAAUUGUCAAGAUCCUGGUAGAGCACGGAGCAACCGUCAACUGCCAGUCACAGAACGGAUUCACGCCACUGUACAUGGCUGCACAGGAGAACCACGAUGAAGUUGUCCAGUACCUGCUCGAUCAUGGAGCCAAUCAGAGCACAGCCACAGAGGAUGGAUUCACACCCCUGGCUGUAGCCCUCCAACAAGGUCACGACAAGGUGGUGGCCGUACUUCUGGAGAAUGACACAAAGGGACGUGUCCGACUCCCCGCCUUGCACAUCGCUGCGAGGAAAGAUGACGUCAAAGCUGCAGCACUUCUGCUCCAAAAUGACCACAACGCAGAUGUCACUUCCAAGUGGGCUGUCAAUGCUGCAACUGAGAGUGGCUUCACGCCCCUCCACAUCGCUGCACACUACGGUCACACCAAUGUCGGCACUCUCCUGCUCAACAGAGGAGCAAACGUCAACUUUGCAGCCAGAAAUGGCAUCACACCACUGCAUGUGGCAGCAAAAUGGGGCCGUGUCAACAUGGUCACCCUUCUGAUGGACAGAGGAGGGGCUAUCGACAGUAAGACAAGGGAUGGCCUAACGCCCCUACACUGUGCUGCCCGUAGCGGCCAUGAUCAGGUCGUUGACCUGCUGUUGGAGAGAGGAGCCCCCAUCCUCGCCAAGACUAAGAACGGCCUGGCUCCCCUGCACAUGGCUGCCCAAGGAGACCAUGUGGACAGUGCUCGUAUUCUCCUGUACCACAAGGCACCCGUGGAUGAAGUCACUGUGGACUACCUGACUGCUCUCCAUGUGGCUGCCCACUGCGGACAUGUCCGGGUGGCUAAGCUGCUCCUGGACAGGAAGGCAAACCCCGAUGCACGGGCUCUGCGCGGGGAGACCCCUCUGCACUUGGCAGCACGUGCCAACCAGACCGAGAUCAUCCGCAUCUUGCUGAGGAACGGAGCCCAAGUAGACGCAAGGGCACGGGAGGACCAGACUCCUCUGCACAUCGCAGCCAGACUCGGCAACGUCGAGAAUGUCAUCCUGCUGCUUCAGCACGGCGCCUCGCCUGAUGCAACCACCAAGGACCUGUACACUGCGUUGCACAUUGCCGCCAAGGAGGGUCACGAGGACGUGGCUUCAGUACUGCUGGAGCACGGCGCCUCGCUGUCCAUGACCACCAAGAAAGGGUUCACUCCCCUCCACGUGGCUGCCAAGUACGGCACCCUGGAGGUGGCGUCCCUCCUGCUGCGCAGAUACGCCUCCCCUGACGCAGCCGGCAAGAAUGGCCUGACCCCCCUACAUGUGGCAGCCCACUAUGACAAUGUGAACGUAGCGCUUCUGCUCUUGGACCAGGGAGCAUCACCCCACGCAACUGCUAAGAAUGGCUAUACCCCGCUUCACAUUGCUGCCAAGAAGAACCAGAUGGAAAUAGCUACAACCCUACUGGAGUAUGGUGCAGAGGCAAACGCCACCACCAAACAGGGCAUUGCCCCCAUCCACCUAGCCUCACAAGAAGGACACACAGAAAUGGUCAACCUCCUACUAGACCGUGGUGCAAAGGCUGAUAUUACUGCCAAGAACGGACUGACUCCCCUUCACCUGGCAGCACAAGAAGACCAGGUCCCAGUGGCCUCCAUCCUGGUUAAGAACGGAGCUGAGAUCAAUGCUCCAACCAAGGCUGGCUACACUCCCCUCCACGUUGCCUGUCACUAUGGCAACGCCAAGAUGGUUGAAUUCCUGCUGCAAAAUGGGGCUGGAGUCAAUACCAAGACCAAGAAUGGCUUUACGCCCCUCCACCAAGCAGCGCAGCAGGGUCACAACCAGAUUGUCCAGAUGUUGUUGGCAUAUGGGGCCAACCCCAACGAACCAACCAACAAUGGGAACACUCCUCUGGACAUCUCCAAGCGACUGGGGUACAUCUCAGUGGUGGACACCCUCACCGUUGUCACAGAAACAGUCACAAGGGAAAAUGUUGUGGAAGAGAAACAGAAGCUGAACGUCCCUGAGACAAUGAAUGAGAGCUUUAUGUCAGAUGCUUCUGACGAAGAGGGUGAGGAGACAAUAACUGGAGACACCAUUGGCUACCUGACAGUUCAGGACAUUGGGGAGCUUGGAGACGACUCCAUCUUCAUCGGGGACGUCAAGGCAGAGAACCGCCUCAGCUACCACUCUGAAAGCCGGCUGUCUCCACUGCAGCAGUACUAUACCCCAGCUCUAAGUGUGGAGAGUUCCCCACGGUCGUUUGGCUCUCGUACUGGAGGUUCUUACCUUGAAGGGAUGACUGAAGAAGUGAUGCAGGCGGUGCAGCUGCGUAGCACUGCGGCCUACAAGGGCAGCGGAACACUGACGGGCACGGGAAGCUUCCGCGACAGCGCAAGUUUCGACGGGGCAACAGACAAUAUUGGCAUCCCCGCUACGCCCGUCCAUGCUGGAUUCUUGGUGAGCUUCAUGGUUGAUGCCCGCGGCGGCGCCAUGCGUGGUUGUCGCCAGCCAGGAUUCCGCAUCAUCAUUCCGCCACGCAAGGCCACGCAACCCACCCGCAUCACGUGCCGGCUGGUGAAGCGCCACCGCCUGCAGACCCCGCCACCCCUCAUGGAAGGGGAGGCCCUGGCCAGUCGUGUCCUUGAGAUCGGACCCGCAGGGACACAGUUUUUAGGUAAACGGCACAUGCCACCAAAUCCUCCCCCCCUGGGGGAAGGGGAGCAUCUGUCGAGUCCCAUUGUCCAGUUAGGACCUGCGGGAACCAAGUUUCAGGGACCUGUAAUCAUUGAGCUGCCCCACUUCGCCUCCUUGCGUGGACGCGAGCGCGAGAUCGUGGUGCUGCGAAGUGACUCUGGAGAGAACUGGCGAGAGCAUACCCUAGAGGCAACUGAGGAGGCCAUCAAAGAGGCCCUGGAUGGGGGCAUGGAGGGGGAGGAAAUUGAGAGCACAGAAGAGCUGCAGCAGAAGCGCAUUGUGCGCAUCCUCACCACCGACUUCCCCCAGUACUUCGCUGUGGUGACACGCGUCCGUAUGGAGACCAAGAUGGUGGGACCCGAGGGCGGGAUGCUGAGUUCAUCUGUGGUUCCACAGGUCCAGGCAGUGUUUCCUGAGGGAGCACUGACCAAGAAGAUCAGGGUGGGCCUACAGGCCCAGCCAGUGAAACCAGAGCUGGUGAAGAAGAUGUAUGGAAACAGAGUCUUGGUUAGCCCUAUUGUCACCGUGGAGCCAAGACGCCGCAAGUUCCACAAGCCCAUCACCAUGACGAUACCCCUCCCAUCUGCAGCUGCUCACGGCAUCGUGAAUGGCUACGGGGGAGGGGACACGCCAACCUUGAGACUGCUCUGUAGCAUAACAGGCGGUCCAAACCCAGCUCAGUGGGAAGACAUCACAGGCAGCACCCCUCUCACUUUUGUCAACGACUGUGUCUCCUUCACCACCACUGUGUCAGCAAGGUUCUGGUUGAUGGAUUGUCGCCAGAUCAACGAGUCGGUGAACUACGCCACCCAGCUGUACCGGGAAGUCAUCGCGGUGCCCUUCAUGGCAAAAUUCGUGGUCUUUGCCAAGACACAAGACCCAGUCGAGGCCAGGCUGAGAGUGUUCUGUAUGACGGAUGACAAGUACGACAAGACGCUGGAAAAGCAGGAGCAUUUCACAGAGAUUGCGAGGAGUCGAGACGUAGAGGUUUUGGAGGGAAAGACGGUGCAUAUUGAGAGUGCAGGGAACCUAAUUCCGCUGCACAAGUCCGGCGAACAACUCCACCUCAACUUCUAUGCAUUCCGAGAGAACCGUCUGCCAUUCCUGGUAAAGGUCAAAGACAGCAGCCAAGAACCAACAGGGCGGCUGUCCUUCAUGCCCGAGCCUAAGACAGCCAAGAGCAUCCCCCCUCCUCCUGCCAUCUGUAACUUGAAUGUUACAUUGCCUGAGCAUAAGAGGGAUUCGUUAGACCUAGAUGCCUUAGAGCCCAUCCAGGUGGUAGAUGCUAAGGUGCAAGAAGAAGUUGAGAGAACCAUCGCCGAAGCUGAACGAGCAGGUGAAGAAGAAAGGAAAGAAGGAGUCCCCUCACCAGUCAAAGCAACAGAAGUCGUAACGCUUGAGACCGUCACAGUCACAAACCUCCUGAAAGAGGCACCCAGUCCUCCAGAAGAAACAAUAGUGGCUGUGGCAUCACCAGAGAGAGAAGCCCCAGACCUGGUAGAGGAACCCAAGACAGAUGUCAACCUUGACGAGGUUGUCGAGUAUGUGCAGAAGAUGGAAGUCGCAGAGAAGGAAGAGAAGAAGGAGGAGGACUUGUCAGAGGAUCAAAUCAGUGACAUUGUGGACCAAUUCAUGACCAGCAACAGGCAGUCUGGUGCAGACUUCUUCCAGGGUCUGGAAGAGGAAGUGAAGCCUGUUGUUGAGCAACCGCCCCCAGAAACACCAGCCGAGGAGAUGCUCCAUGUCGAUGCCAGCAGGAGUUCCAGCGUCUUUGCAGAGCCACCUACUCCAGACAGGACCACCAGCUUCGAGACCACAUCAGAUGUGACACCACCCGCAAAGUCACCAGAGGAGGAGGAGUUUCCUCCUGUUGCUGAGGUCAGCAUCAACGCUGUCGAGUCAUCACCAACAUCACCCAUCUCAGAUGGCCCAAUGGAGGUGCGAGAGGAGACCCCUCCCCAGGUGGCGUCUCCAGGAGAGCCAGAGCCAUACACACAGAUCACCGAGGAGGUGGGGCCCAUCUCCGAACACAUCACAGUGACAACAGAAGUUGGACCUGAGGGAGAGGUGAAGACCAUCACCACAACCCAGAGGCGUGAGGAGAAGGUCAUCGUGGAAACCGUUGGAGAGGUGCCGCAGGCAGAAGUUCCAGCAGGAGUCGCCCCUCCAGGAGAAGAGGAGAGAGUCAUUCUCAGACAAAAACCUGACAAGGAUUCCCCACUCACCGAGAAAAGAAUCAGCACGGAAAUUGAGCAAUUCUUCAAGCGUACGAGCUUCGUGGAAUUCGAGCCUGAAGAGCCAGUAGUGUCAGCAGAAGAAGUCCCAGGUGUUUCAGCAGUGACACCAACAGAACCUGUAGAUAAGGAGCAGGUCAUUGAAGUCAGAGCGCAUGCUGAACCCGAACAAGAAGCCAUAGUGCCAGCUCUAGCUGAGGCAGAAAAAUUGUUAGGAAGACCCUUGUCUUCUGAUGAGAAGGCUACCAUCCUGCAAGCAGCUCACACAGCAAAAAGGCCACUGUCAAGUGACGAAGUAAUAACCCUUGUAGAAGCAGUAGACACCUUUGGUCGCCCACUUACACCAGAUGAAACAGCAAAGGUGCUGGAAGCCAUUCAAGUGGCAGGAAGACCAUUACAGCCAGAGGAAUGUUCAGCAGUACUGCAGGGUGCCAAAACAGCCGACAGAUCCUUAAAACCAGAUGAGAUUUCUGCCAUUGUCGGGGCAUACGAUGUAGUGAAAAGGCCCCUUCUUGAUAGUGAAAUUUCAACCAUACUUGAAGCAGUGAAAGCUGCUGAAAGACCACUAACACAAGACGAAGUAGCAGCUAUUGUGGAAGCCACAAAGACAGCAAAUCGAAAGCUGUCGCUGGAUGAAACAAAGUCUAUCCUUGAAGCAGCAAAACAAACACAAAGAACUCUGACCAGAGAUGAAACUGCCUCAGUCUUGGCAGCAACAGAAGCAUCAUCAGGACCAUUGACACCGUCUGGCGUUAAAGCUAUAGUUGAUGCAGCAAAUGCUGCGGGCAGGUCGCUUACACCCGAAGAAGCAACAUCAAUAUUGAGAGGUGCAGAAGCGUUAGGCAGGCCCCUCACGCCAAAGGAGACAAAUGCCCUUCUUCAGGCCAUCAGCUCAACAAGUAGGCCGUUGACUAAAGAUGAAGUAACUGCCUUGGUUGAAAGUACGAAAGUUAUUCAAAGACCACUGAGUACUGGAGAAACAACAACGCUGCUUAAUGCAGGUAAGACUGCAGGUCGACCACUGAAACCAGAGGAAAUAAGCACUCUGUUGGAGGCUGCAAAAGUGGCAGAGAAACCUCUAACGCCAGCCCAGGCAGGAGCUAUACUUGAUGCUACUCACUUUGUUGGAAGACCAUUGAAACCAGAAGAAACACAGGCAAUCUUUGAGGCUGCAAGAGUAGCUGGUCAGCCACUAAGUGCUGAUGAUGCAGCGGCUAUCAUGGAAGGUGCAGAGCAGACAGGAAGACUUUUACACCCAGAGGAAGCUGCAUCCCUGCUCCAGGGUGUCAAGUUGUCAGGAAGACCACUGACUAUCGAUGAGGUGGCAGCAUUGUUGGAAGCAGCAAAGUGUGCUGGACGACCUCUUACUCCUGAAGAGGUGGCAAGCAUUCUUGAUGCUGUCAAAAUGACAGAAAGGCCACUGACUACCAACGAAACAGCAGCAAUACUUGAGUCCACCCGUGUCAUUGGGAGCAGGCUCAUGCCAAAUGAAACUGCUACAGCCCUGGAGGCUGCCAGGAUAGCUGAUCGGCCUCUCCGGCCAGAUGAAACAGCAACUGUUCUUGAUGCAACAAGAAACCAAGGAAGACCACUGUCUCCUGGGGAAACUGUUGCCCUUCUUGAGGCAGUGAAGUCAGCUGGAAGACCAUUGACACCAGAAGAAACAGCUGCAAUAUUGGAAGCUGUGAAAUCAUCAGAGAAACCACUUUCACCCCAUGAAACGACUAGUAUCCUAGCUGCAGCAAAGAUUGCCAAGAGGACACUCACACAUGAUGAGACAGCUUCACUUCUUGAAGCUAUGAAAGCAACUGGAAGGCCACUGACUCCUGUAGAAACAGCUGCCAUUCUUAAUGCCACAAGAGCAAAAUCAGGACCCUUGUCACCUGAGGAUACUGUUACUAUUCUGAAUGCCUCAAAAACGCUUGGUAGACCUCUUACACCAAAUGAGAAUACAGCAAUACUUCAAGGCAUCAAAGACACUGGAAGAGCACUCAAUGCUGAAGAAAUAGCAGCAGUGUUAAAUGCUGCUAAGACAGCUGGAAGGACACUGGCUCCCGAGGAAGUUACAGCCAUCGUUGCCCCACAGAAACUCAAAGAAAGUGUUGUCCUCCGAGAGAAAAAGUCACCCAUCACAGAAAAAAGGAUCAGUCAAGAAGUAGAACAGUUCCUGAAAAGAACAAGUUUUGCUGAGAUGGAGGAUGAACCAGUUGUCCUAGAACAAGCUGCUGCAGAGGACAAAGCUGCACCUCCUGGUGUCAUUGAAAAAGCCGAAGUAGAAACAACAAGAGAAGUAAAACCAGUCUCACCAACUGACCAAGCAGCAGUUGAUGCCUUGGCAAAGCAAAUUGGAAAGGAUCUUUCAGAUAUUGAAGCCAGGACCCUGGCCACUGCCAUUCAGACAAUGGAAAGACCACUGACAGCAGAAGAAACUCAAAAGCUGAUUGAUUCUACAAAUGCAGUGGGUAGACCACUCACACCCAAUGAAAUUGUUGCCAUUGUUGACACAGCAGGUGUAGCUGGAAAACCUUUGACUCCAGAAGAGACUAAAGCUCUCUUUGAAGCAGCUAAGAAGACCGGAAGAAAACUGUCUAAUGAGGAGGCUGUUGUGCUUCUUCAAAGUGCCAAAACAGCAGGACGGCCUCUGACUCCUGAGGAUACUGAAACUGUCAUAGAAGCAGCCAACCAGCUUGGAAGGGUGUUAACUCCAGAAGAGAAUGCAGCUCUUCUUAGUGCUGUACAAUCGAAAGGAAGAAUACUCUCCCCAGAAGAAAUCACUGCUAUCCUAGAUGCAGUAAAAGCUGCAGGAAGACCACUUACUCCUGAAGAAGUAGCAGCUGCUCUAGACAAAGCAGAAAUGCCACUUUCUCCUGAAGAUGAAGCAGCUGUCCUUGAGUCAGCCAGAGCCAUGGGCCGUCCCCUGUCACCAGAUGAGACAUCUGCUGUCAUUGAGGCUGCGAAAGCAGCUGGAAGACCGCUCACUUCAGAGGAGACAGUAGCUAUUUUGGAGGCCACUGAAACACUAGGCAGACCCUUGACACCAGAAGAAGGAGCAGCUGUACUUGCGGCUACAAAAGCAGUAGGACGACCUCUGUCCCCCAAGGAAACAUCUGCACUAUUGAGUGCAGCGCAAGUGGCAGGGAGAUCGCUGACACCUGAAGAGGUAGCAGCUGUCCUUGCAGCCCAGAAAGUAUCUUCAAGUCCAAUGACACCAGAAGAAAUAGCAGCAAUAUUUGAUGCAGGUAAGUCAGCAGGAAGGCCACUAACAAGUGAAGAGACUGCUGACAUCUUAACUGCUGCCAAAACAGUAGGUCGGCCAUUGACAGAGAAUGAAACAGCAUCAAUUCUCACAGCUUCUGAAAUAGCUUCACCAUUAACACCAGAAGAUAUUUCUGCCAUUGUUGCUGCCUCAAAGCAGGCCGGGAGGCCGCUAACAGCAGACGAGAUCCUUGCUGUGCUCGAUGCAGCAAAGGCAGCAGGACGACCAUUGACAGAAGCUGAAACUGCAGAAGCCAUUGCAGCUGCUCAGCUUGGGGAAAUGGAUGUAAUGUCAACUGAAAUACAAGAAGCUGCAGGAGGAGUACCGCUUAGUCUGGAAGAUUCUGCUGUUGCCCAGGCAGUUAAUGCUGUCGGAAGGCCACUGAGUGCUGAGGAGACGGCUGCCGUUCUUGAAGUCACUGGUGCUGUAGGAAGACCAUUGAGCUCUUCUGAGUCAAGGGAUAUUAUAAAUGCUGUCAAACUAGGAGGAGGACAAUUGUCACCAGAGGAAGCUACAUCUGUUCUCGAGGCCUCUAAACAGUCUUCACCUUUGUCAGAUGCAGAUCUUGCUGCAAUCCUCGCAGCUACUAAGGAAGCAGGCAGGCCUCUUGAACCUCAUGAGGUAGCAGCUAUUCUUAAGGCAAGUAAAGAGGCAGGUCAACCACUUACACCUGAUGAAAUCUCUUCUGUUCUUAAGAAGGCAAGAGCUGCCAGGCCUUUGACACCACAAGAGGCUGUAUCUGUAGCAGAAGCCUCCCGACAAGCCGGGCGCCCCUUGACAACAGAGGAGGCAGCCAGCAUUGCUGAUGCAGCAACUGCAAUAGGGAGACCACUAUCACCUGAUGAAACCGCCGCUAUUCUUGAAGCCACAAAGACAGCAGACAGACCACUGACACCUGAGGAAGCCUCUUCUGUUAUGAAAGGAGCAAACACAGCUGGCAGACCUCUAAGUCCAGCAGAGACUGCAGGAUUUCUGAAGGCAGCCUCGUGUGUUCCAAGAGAACUUACAUCUGAUGAGGCUAACUCCAUUAUUGAUGCAACUAAAGUAGCUGGAAAGGAACUAACAUCUGAUGAGGUGAAGUCAGUGCUGGCUGCAUGUGAUUCAGCCCACAGGCCAUUGAAUGAAGAAGAAAUAGAUAUGGUCCUCAAAGCCACGAGAGAACUCGGGAGACCCUUAACACCUGAAGAGGCUGAUAUCUUGCUGCGUUAUUCCAAGGAAGCAGGACGGCCGUUGACAGGUCCUGAGGCAGCUGCUAUACUUGCCAAGGCAAAGGCAACUAAAGGUCCCCUCAGUCCAAAGCAAAUAACGGAAGCCCUAAAUGAUGUAGCUGCACAAGGAGCUGCAGAUGUUAUUGGCAGACCCUUGACAGCUGAUGAGAAAACAGCCCUUGCAGAAGCCAACAAAGUAGCAGGAAGGCCACUGUCUCCAGAGGAAUCAGCUGCUGUUGUAGAAGCUGCAAAGUCUGUAGGACGUGCACUGUCUUCAGAUGAAGCAGCAGCAAUACUGGACGCAGCACAGAGUACUGGAAGGCCUUUGACUCCGGAAGAGACUGCAGCUAUUCUGCAGGCAUCAGCAACAGCUGGAAAACCAUUAACACCAAGUGAAGUAGCUUCAGUCCUUGAAGCAAGUAAAGCUGCUGGACGACCAUUGACAGAAGAUGAAGCAUCUGCCAUUCUCGAAGCUGCAAAGGCAGCAGGGAGACCUCUCACUGCAGAGGAAGCUUCUGCUAUAUUGAAUGCCCUCAAGUCAACUGGAAAACCAUUGAGUACUGAUGAGAUAUCAUCUGUUGUCAAUGUAGCAAAAGCAAUGGGUAGGCCACUGAGCCCCAAGGAAACUGAAGCUAUCCUGGAGGCAACAAGGGCAGCGGGAAAACCACUCACUCCUCAGGAAGCCACAAACAUCCUGAAUGCUGUUGCAGCAGUGGGGAGACCACUGACUCCAGAAGAAACUUCAGCUCUCUUGAAAGCAGCAAAAAGUGCUGGAAGGCCACUGUCACCAGAUGAGGCUGCAAGUCUGUUAGAAGCCAUGAAAGAAGCGGAGACACCACUCUCAGAUGAUGAAGUGUCUUCUAUUUUGGAGGCUACUGCAGUUUCUGGGAAACCACUGACAGGUGAUGAAAUGGCAUCAGUUCUUAGAGCAGCUAGGGCUGCUGGAAGGCCUUUAUCACCAGAGGAAGCCAAGUCUAUCCUGGAAGCAGCUAGAGUGGCUGGACGCCCUCUUACACCUAAUGAAACUGAUGCAAUUCUUCAAGCCUCAAAGUCAGCUGAUAGGUCUUUGAGUCCAGAUGAAGCAGCAACAAUUCUUGAAGCUACCAAAUCAUCUGGACGGCCACUCACCUCUGAUGAAGCAUCCUCACUACUUGAAUGUGUUAAAGCCGAAGGUCAGAGUCUGUCAAGUGAGCAAGUCGCUAAUGUCCUGAAUGCUAAAAACAUAGCAGGACAGAAACUCACACCAGAUGAAACUGUGUCUUUGCUGGCAGCUUCUAAAGAGCAAGAAGGUGAACUUACACCAGAUGCAAUCAGCGGGGUUCUGUUGGCUUCCAAAGAAGCAGGACGGCCACUGACUCUUGCAGAGACAGCAGCACUGUCUGUAGCAGGGGCACAGGAACCUCUGACCCCAGAGGCAAUUGCCAAGGUUCUUGAGCCAGAGGUAAGACAGGAGCCAGAAAUAACAUCAGAUGAUGUGCAAAAGGCAGAGGAAGCUGCAGGAAGGUCACUUUCUCCAGAUGAGGUUGGCACAGUCAGUGUGUCGGCUAAGUCAGUGGGAAGAGAUUUGACCCCUGAUGAAGCUAAUGCUGUCAUUGAAGCCGCCAAGGUCACAAACAAGCCAUUGACACCAAAUGAAACAGUUGCUGUGCUUGGAACUGUCCAAACAGUCGGUAGACCACUUUCACCAGAUGAAGUUGCAGCAAUUGUUAUCGCCACACAAACAACAGGAAGACAACUAACUCCUGACGAGAUGGCAUCCUUGCUUGAUGCAGCAAAAGCCGCAGACCAUCCACUCACUCCACAAGAAACUGCUGCAAUUCUUCAGGCUACAAAGACAAGAAAGGAGUCUUUGACUCCAGAUGAGGUAGUGGCUGUUCUGGAUGUAACAAAAGCUGAAGACCAGGAAGUAUCACCAGAAACUGUAACAGCUGUUGUUGAGGCAACUAAGAUAGCUGGAAGGCCACCAAUAAAAGAGGAGAUUGAAGCUGUUAAAGAGGCUGUGCAGUCAACACCAGGAACACCACUAAGUCUGAAAGCUAUUGCCCAGCUAGUGGAUCCGUCUAUGCAAGCAGAAAAGCCAGCUGUUAAGAAGGAUGAUGUUGAAGAAGCAGCUGCUGUGGCAGGAAGAGAUGUUAGCUCUGAGGAAGCAACAACACUAAUCGGUGCAGCAAAACUUGCUGGGAGACCUUUAUCCUCUGAAGAGGCUUUAACAGUUCUUAAUGGUGUGCAAAGCCUCGGUAGACAGCUCACGCCCAAUGAAACUAACAGUCUUCUUGAUGCAAGUAAAAUUGUUGGAAGACCAUUAACACCUGAGGAGGCAAGUGCUGUUCUUGAGUCAGCAAAAGUCAUUGGAAGACCCCUUACUCCUGGCGAAAUUGCCACCAUCCUCGAUGCUUCAAAAUUAGCAGGAAAACCACUUACACCAAAUGAAGUAAAAUCACUUUUGGAUGCUAAAGAUGUGGCUAAUCACCAACUCACACCAGAUGAAGUACAGGCUACUCUUGAAGCAGUAAAAGCAGCUGGAAGACCAUUGAAGCCUGAGGAAAUUGCUUCCACUUUUGAGGCAUCAAAUGUAGCCGGUCGGCCAGUAGACUCACAAGAAGCCCAAACCAUCCUGAAGAAAGUGGAAGAAAGUGGGAAAACAUUAACAACAGAAGAAGCUUCUCUUACCAUACAACCACAAAAGGAGAUUGUUGUGACAGAAGAAGUUACCACAGAAAAGGUGGCUCAACUACAGGAGGUUCUAGGCAAGCCUCUCUCUCUUAAAGAAGCUGCUGCCAUAUCUGUUGCCCAAAAAGUUUCUGGAGAAGACCUCACCCCAGAGGAGAUGAGCACAGUACACAAAGGCUCCAUUAUCACUGAACAGCCUUUAACUCCAAAUGAGACAAAAGCACUUAUUUCUGCAACAAAAUCCAGUGGACAAAGUCUCUCUCCUGAUGAAGCAGCAACCAUCCUUGAGGCAACAAAAACAACAGGAAGGCCUCUUACUCCUGAUGAAGUGAAUGGUCUCAUUGAAGCUGUCCAAAAAACAGGAGGAAAGCUUACCCCCGAAGAAAUAGCAGCACUUCUUGAAGCAAGAAAAUCAGCAGGAAAGCCAUUAACACCUGAUGAAACCACUGCAAUUCUCAAAGCUUCCAAGACAGCAGGGAAACAGUUGUCUCCAGAUGAUGUCACAACUAUUCUGGAGACAACUAGAGUGGCUGGUCGACCUACAGCACCAGAGGAGGUAACAAAGUUACUUUAUGCUGUUGAAAAAGAGGAAAAGCCGCUUACCCUGGAGCAAAUUGAGGAAUUUGUUGAACCUCCAAUUGUGAUAGUAAGAGUUGUGCCUGAAGUUUCUCCAUCGGACAUGAAUGAGGCAGCUGAACUUGCCGGCAGGAACGUAAGCAAGGAAGAAGCAGCCGCUUGCAGGGAAGCUAAAGAAUCAGCCGGACGACCUCUUUCUUCAGAGGAAGCAUCAACAGUAAUAACAGCAGCUAAGUCCACAGGCCAACCCCUCACACCAAAUGAAACUGCAACAGUACUCGAUGCUGUGAAGUCAUCAGGAAGACAGCUAACACCAGAAGAGACAGGGUCAAUGUUGGAGUCAACAAAAACUGUGGGAAGGCCUUUAGUUCCAAAUGAAACUGCAAGUAUUCUGGAGGCUUCUAAAACCACCAAGAAACCAUUGAGUCCAAUGCAGGCAAGCUCUAUACUCGCAGCUGUAAAACAAGCAGGGAGACCUGUAUCUGUGGAUGAAGCUGCUGCUACCAUCAAGGCUGUUGAGGAGACUGGAAGACCACUUAAACCUGAGGAAUGUGCUAAGCUUCUUGAGGCAGAAAAGCCUGAGGAAGAAGUCAAAGUGACCCCUGAAGCUAUCAAAGAGGCAAGUGAACUUGUUGAGAGGACAGUUACACCCAAAGAGGCUGCUACGAUUGAAAAGGCAGCAAAAGUAUCUGCAAAGCCUUUGUCUUCAGAUGAGGCACAAGCAGUCUUGGAGGCAGAAAAAGCCACCAAGAAGUCUCUCACACCAAAUGAGGCUUCUGCCAUUCUUUCCAGUGUAAGGAGUCUAGGCAGGGUCCCCAAAGCUGAGGAGGCUGCGUCUAUUAUUGAAAGCACAAAGGUUGCUGGAAAACCACUCACACCUGAUGAAACUUCAGCAGUACUGGAAACUACCAAGAUAGCAGGGAAACCUUUAACAACAGACGAGUCCAGCUCAAUUCUCCAAGCAACAAAAGUCACAGGCACAACAUUACCACCAGACCAAACUGUGUCACUUUUGGGUGCUGUAAAAACAGCAGGGAAGCCUCUGUCAUCUAAUGAAGCUGCAGCUGUCGUAGAUGGCACUAAUGCAGUAGGCAAGCCCCUCUCUCCUAACCAAGUGGCAACAGUUCUAACUGCAGCUAAAACAUCAGAAAGACAACUGCGUCCCGAGGACACGAAAGCUGUUCUGGAAGGUUGCAGAGUAAUUGAAAGGCCACUUUCAGCAGAUGAAACUGUUGCUGUACUUGAUGCUGCAAAAACAUCAGAGGAACCCUUAACAACAAAUCAGACUGGUGGCAUUCUUGAAGCAACAAAGGUAACAGGAAAACCUCUGACACCCAAUGAAACAGUUGCUAUACUUACUGUAGCAAAGACAUCUGAUACUCCAUUAACACCAGAAGCAGUAUCUUCAGUUAUUGAAGCAACCAAUAUUGCAGGAAGGCCACUAUCACCAGAUGAAACAACUGCCUUACUGGAAGCUACAAAAGCAGCAGGAAGGACAUUAAGUGCAGAGGAAAUCAACAAUAUUCUGCACCCCACAAAACCAGAGGAGAAAGUAGAGGUUGCACCAAGUAUGGUUGAACAGGCUGAAAAAAUUGCUGGUAGACCAGUGUCUCCAGAGGAAGCCACAGCAUUGAAAGAUGCAUUGAAGUCUGCUGGACGGCCCCUAACACCAAAUGAGGCUUCGUCUAUGUUAGAUGCCCGAGGAGUUGUAGGGAGAGAGCUUACUCCAAAUGAAACAGCUGGAGUACUAAAUGCAGUCAAGAUUUCAGGAAGACAACUCAAGCCAGAUGAGACAUCUGCACUCAUAGAAACUUCAAGAAUUGUGGGAAGACCGCUGACUCCAGAUGAAACCUUGGUAAUCCUUGAUGCCACUAAGGCAGCAGAAGGACCACUGACUGAAGAACAGAUAUCAGGCAUUUUGAAUGCUGCAAAGUCACUCGGUCGACCUCUGACAAAGGAGGAAACUAAGGCUAUCCUGAAUGCUGCUAAAGUGGCAGGGAGGCCUCUCAGUCCUACAGAAACCUCAGCCCUACUUCAGGCCAUUCAAGUGGCUGAGCGAACCACCAAAGCAGCCGGAAGGCCUCUUGCUCCCAUGGAAGCUGUUACGUUACGUGAAGCCAUGAAAGCACUCGGCCGAGAACUCACACCUGAAGAAGUAGUUGCAAUCCUUGAUACAAUGAAGGAAAAGGGAAGACCACUUUCCCCUGAAGAGAUGGAAGGCAUUGUAGGACAGCCAGUUGUCAUUGGGCUGACCAAAGAUGAGCAGGCAAAGGUGGCUGCAGUUGCAAAAGCGGCUGGACGAGAAUUCUCUCCAGAAGAGGCUGCUUCGAUUGCAGCUGUGGCUGAUGCUGCAGGGCGGGAACUGAGCCCUGAAGAGGCAGGUGCUGUUGCUGCCAUUGCAGGAGCUGUUGCAGCUGGAAUGUUGACACCUGAAGAGGCGGCAGCAGUUCUUAAUGCUGCACAAGCUGCAGGACAAACCCUUUCUCCAGAAGAAAUAGGAGCACUUGUUAGAGCCACAAAGUCCAGUGGAAGAGCACUCACCCCUCAAGAAUCUGCAGAGAUUGCUAGAACAGCAAAGCAACUGGGUAGGGAUCUGACACCAGAGGAAAUCCAAGCCAUUCUAUCUGGGAAGGAAAUCGUACCAUCUGUUGUUGUAGAGGAUGUAGAACCAGAGAUGAAAAUCACUGUACCGGCAGCUGCUGUACCACUACUGGCUGAACAGGCACCUGCCUCAUCUGAUGAAAUGUUACACAAGGAAGUGGAGGUCAUCACCACAAAGAAACCAAAGCCCAAACGCAGAAGAUGGCCAAAAGUGUAUGUUGAUACCAGUGAACCUUUGGAAGAAGAGAGUGGGGAAUUCUUUGUCAAGGUUUACGAGGAAGAUGAGGCGGCGACUCUUCGUGUGACAGAAGAGGUGCGCUCUGUAUCCCCCAUUCCUCCUGAAAUGGAACAGGCAGACCCUGUUCUGGAAAUCGAAGCCAAGACCAGUGUGGCUUCUAAGGUGAUCAAGAGAUCGGUCCUCAAAGAAGAAGAUGGUGAAACCAAAGUGAUCGAAGAGCAGGAGAUUGAUGACCAGGCUCUUGAGGAGGCCCUGCGCAUUGCCAGGGAGGUCAACGGAGAAACGCAGAAGGUGUCCGAGCAGGUCUUUAGUGAUGACGGCACGGUCACUGUGACUGAGAGUACAUCCAAAGAUGAACUUGAAGAGAAAAUCCAAUUAGAACGCCAGAGACAGCAAGAAGUAGAAAAAGAACUGUACAAAGUUAAACCAGAUGAACCUGAAGUUGCAAAAGAAGUCAAGACAGAGGGUGAAGCAAAGACUAAACCUGAAGAACCAGCCUCCCCUGUCGUAGAAUUUCUGGAAGAAGUAGGAGAAUUCCUUCAACAAGUUAAGACAGCUAUACCUGUGAUGGUAGGUGGUAUGGAGGAGGAAGAGGGCAAAGACACCACUGAGGAGGUAGCUCCAGAAAAAGUAGUAGAUGACAAAGACAAAACACAUAAAAAGGAAACCAAGUCUGAAGAAAAACCUGAAGAAACACAUGAAGAAAAAACAGCUGUCGAAGAAGCCACAAAAGCAGCAGGAGGGCUUUUAACACUGCUUGAAGCACCAAAAGCUCUUGGACAUUCACUUAGCCCAGAGGAGACAGGCGUAAUUCUACUUGCUGCAGAAGCAGCAGGACGUGCCCUAACUGCAGAGGAGGUUGUUGCCAUCUUUGAAGCCUCAAAGGUUGCAGGGAGGCCAUUGACCUCUGGGGAGUCAGCAUCAAUUGCAGAGGCUGCGAAGGUAACAGGGCAACCGCUCACACCUCACGAAACAAUGUCUGUGCUACAAGCCACCAGUGUGUUGGGACGUCAUCUGAAGCCUGAUGAGGCAGCAACGUUGAUUGAAGCCACUAGAAAGAUAGGCACUCCUCUUACUCCAGAGGAGACUUCGGCCCUACUUGAUGGUGCAACUGUGGCAGAGGGACCUCUAACUGUAGAGGAAAUAGACAGCAUCAUUGAGGCUGUGAAGGCAUCAGGCAGACCUCUUUCAAUAGAACAGACUACAGCUGUUCUAGCCCUUGGCAGACCUCUUACUGAAGAAGAGGCUGAAGCUAUCACAGAAGCAACAAGCUGUACAGGAAGACCACUUUCACCAGAUGAAAUUGCAUCUGUACUUAAUGCCACUAAGUUGACAGGAAAACCCCUUUCUAAUAAGGCAGCUGCAGCUGUGAUUAAGGCUACAGAAUUAGUCGGAAGACCAGUAGCUGUCAACGAGGGAGCCUCUGUUGCUGCAGCUUCAAAAGUCUCUAGCGAUAUUCACAAACCAACAGAACUUGCUACCAUAAUCAAUGCCUCAAGAGCCGCUGGUAGACCAUUGGAGUCUGAUGAAAUUACGUCACUACUGGAAGCUGUUAAGACCUCAGGGAAAGCUCUUAAACCAAACGAGGUGACAGCUUUACUAGAAGGGGUAAAAGCAUUACAAAGGGCUCUCACCGCUGAAGAAGUUGCCACAAUUCUGGACAGUGCUACUACCAAAGGGGAGCCAUUGUCCCCAAAUGAAAUUCUUGCUGUAUUGCAAGGCAGUAAGGCUGCUGGGAGGCCCCUUACUACAGAUGAGAGUUCAAUGCUUUUAAAUGCAGCAACUGCUGCAGGAAGACCCUUGACUGAUGAGGAAACAGCUGCUAUACUGACAGCUACAGAGUCAGCUGGGAGACCACUGGAACCCCAUGAGACUGCAGCUCUCCUGCAGGCUGUAGAAGCUGCAGGGAGGAAGCUCUUUCCAGAAGAAUGCUCUUCGUUAUUAGAUGCAAUCAAAUCAGCAGGACGGCCACUAACACCAGAGGAAACAGCAUCCAUUCUCACAGCUACUGCAUCUGGGAAACUGCUUGAUGCAAAUGGAAUUUCCACCGUUCUUGAGGCAGCAACUGCUGCAGGAAGACCCUUGACUGAUGAGGAAACAGCUGCUAUACUGACAGCUACAGAGUCAGCUGGGAGACCACUGGAACCCCAUGAGACUGCAUCUCUCCUGCAGGCUGUAGAAGCUGCAGGGAGAAAGCUCUUUCCUGAAGAAUGCUCUUCAUUAUUAGAUGCAAUCAAAUCAGCAGGACGGCCACUAACACCAGAGGAAACAGCAUCCAUUCUCACAGCUACUGCAUCUGGGAAACUGCUUGAUGCAAAUGGAAUUUCCACCGUUCUUGAGGCAGCAAAGGUGUUAGGACACCCAUUAACUGAAGAUGAAUCAACAUCACUUAUCAUUGCAACCAACAAAUGUAGGAGACCAUUGACAACUGAUGAGAUUAAAGCUAUAUGUGAUGCUACAAAAGCAGUUGAAAGAUCUCUUACACCAGAUGAAGCAACAGUUCUGCUAGAAGCACUAGAAGCAUCUGAUCAUCCAUUGACUGAUGAGGAAGUUGUCACUCUAUUGGAAGGAUUAAAAGUAGCUGAAAGGCCACUGACAAAGGAAGAGCAAAAUGCUCUUCGUGAAAUUGCAAGAAAUGCUGGAAAACGCUUAUCGCAGAUUGAAACAUCUGCCUUGUUACAAGCCAGUAGCUUACUUGGAAGGACUUUGUCUGAGGGGGAAGCUGCUGCUGUAUUGACAGCAAUCAAUACAGCAGGUCGUGAGCUUUCUACAGCAGAAAGGGAUACAGUUAUUGAAGCUGCAAAGACCCUAGGGAGGGCAUUAUCUCCAGAUGAAACAACAGUCCUUUUGGAUGUAGUCGAAGCACUUGGAAAGCCACUGACAGCUGAGGAAGCUGCAGCAAUUGUUGAUGCAACAAAGGUAGCUGGAAGAUGUCUGACUCCUGAAGAGGGAAUAGCAAUACUUGAAGCCUCUAAAGCAUUGGGAAGACAACUGACCCAAGACGAAAUGAAGGCACUUUUGGAAGCGAAUCAAGCAUUGGGAAGACCUCUUACAGCAGAUGAAGCUUGCACAGUUGUAGCAGCAGCAAAUGUCCUUGGUAGGACUCCAUCACCAGAAGAAAGCAUAGCAAUUGUUGACGCUGCAAAAGCAGCUGGAAGACCCUUAUCAUUGGAUGAUCUGGCAACAGUUCUGGAACUUUCUCAGUCAAUAGGUAGACAGUUAACACCAGAAGAAACCAUGGUUCUUCUUAAUGCAGCUGAAGCUGCAGGAAAGCCACUGACAGCAGAUGAAAGAAAGUCACUGUUUGAAGCAAAUCAAAAGAUGGAGAGGCCUCUUACUGCAGAUGAGGCUGCAACAGUUAUUGCAGCAGUCAAUGUACUUGACAGGGCACUCACACCAGAAGAAAUUACAACAACAAUGGAAGCUUUGAAAGCAGCAGGUAAAUCCCCUUCUCCAGAUGAUCUGGCAUCAGUCUUUGAAGUUUGUAAACUAAUGGGGCGACCGCUGACCGCGGAGGAAAGUACUGCUCUUCUUGAUACAGCUCAGGCUAUGGGAAAGCCACUUACAUCAGAGGAAGCUGCAGUAAUAGCGCAAGCUAUGCAGGCUGCAGGAAGACCUGUCACACCAGAAGAGAUGUGUGCCAUUUUGGGGGCUUCAAAUUCAUUGGAUAGACCAUUGUCUACACAGGAAACUGCAGACUUUGUUAGAUGCAAUUGAAAGCAUCAGGAAGGCCUUUGACAUUAGAAGAAUGUACAGCAAUUGUGGAUGGUACAAGAGAGGUUGGUAGACGUUUUACUCCUGCUGAAACUACAGCUAUCCUAGAGGCAUCAAAAGCCUUAGGAAGGCAGCUAACAAUGGAGGAGAUGGUAGCUCUGCUGGAAGCAGGCCUGGCUGUAGAUGGCCCCCUGUCAUCUACAGAGGCUGCUGCCAUUGUUGAAGCAACAAAUACACUUGGACGGAUGCUAACUCCAAAUGAAAGUAAAACAGUGACUGAAGCAGCAAAGUCAUUAGGAAGACCAUUGACACCCCAGGAAAUUGCCUCAGUAUUACAAGCUUCAGAGGCUGCUGGUAGACCAUUAACAACAGAAGAAGCUUCUGCCAUAGCACAGGCUGCUCAGUUAGCAGGCAGAGGUCUUACACCAGAGG